AUGAACGAGCCUGAUCCUGCCGUACGCGAUAGCACACUGAGCGCCCUCAAGGUGGUCUGUCCCUCCGCCGAGAUGCUCUCCCAGGAAUCUAGCCCUCGGCAUAACCCCUUCGCCGCUGCCGAGGCAGACGUGGAAUGGUCCGACGAAGAGGUGCUGCUGCCCAAGAGGAGGAAGACGCCCUAUAUACCAUCACAGAUCAAAGUCGCGCCUCGGAUAUCCUUGUCUCCGGCUGAUACAUCCUCGGAUGAAACAGACUCGCGGGGGCUCAGUCCAAAUCGUCUGAGCGUCAAUGGCUCGCCGCUCAUACCGCCAAAGUCGCCGUCACGGCCAGAUGUUCGACCGGGGAGCAGCCAGGACGAUCUCGUCAAGCGCUUCUACGACGUGACGCGCGAACGGGAUGCACUGAGGAAGGAGCUUCAGAGGCAAUCCAUGGGCCCUCAUGGAAUUCCCGCCCACGCCUCAGUGGUCUACAAAUCCGACGAGAAAACCCUCAUCGAAGAGCUCCUAGGCCUCCGCGAAGAAAUCCGCAUCUGGACCGAAGAGUACUUCACAGGCACACCUUCCAGUUCCCGCCGACGUCCCUACCUGCACACCUCCAAAGAGCUCUUCAGCUCCUUGACUGACAACUACACCACCUACCUCAAACACCCCACCGACCGGCCCCUCCUCAUCCAAUCCUUCCUCUGGUCCAAACUCCAACACCGCAUCUUUAGCACCCUAAGCAAAGGCUGCGGCUACAUCUGGGCAGGCAAACUCGGGGACCGCAAACUGCGUCCUAUAAACGACACGCUGCGCAAAGCGGUCAGGAACGAAGCGCAGGCGGAGGAGUACCAUCGGUGGCGGGCGCUCACAGUCAACCUCCUUGUGCCGCAGGUCGAUGGGAAAUGGAGUCCGACAUUCGACGCCGCUCCCGUGCUAAAGUGGAUCAAGCGCUUUUGCGCGCGGCUGAGGAGGAGGUUAAGGCCGUGGGCAUGUAGGCGAUUGAGGGAGGGGAAGGAUCAGCUAUACACUAUCGUGUCGGCGGCAGUAGCUCUUGAUCUGAAGAUGAAGAAACAGCGCGCGGAUUAUAGAUUCAUCACUUGGACGGGAGGCAAACCCACUCAGUUUUGGGGUUAUGGGUUCUAUGACUCGGAGAUGGAUGAUAUAGAGAGUGAGGACGAGGGGUACAGAGGCGGGAGUGUGAUCAGUGGAGCGAGCAGGAGGAGGAAGCGCGUGGAGAUGACUUUGGCGCCUGCGCUCGAGAGGUGCGGGAAUGCGAAUGGGCAUGUGUUUGAUCAGAAUUUUAUAUUAGUCAAAGCGGAUGUUACUUGUAGACGGCUGGAGAGGGCGAGAGAGAUGGGCAGGAGGAAACCGGGGUUCUUCAACAGAAGGUAA